AUGGAGUCCAUGGAUAUCGAUGAUUACUCAAGAGUAUGUGCCAGCUGGGAAGUAAGGUGAAGGAAACGACAUGUAACAAGUUGGCCCAAAAAACGAAAAACGAAAAACGAAAAACGAAAAAAAAAGAGACAAGGAGAUUCUUCUUUUCCGAUUACGCUGUUGCUUUGAAGAUGCUUUGCUAAUUCAACUUAGUUGCUCGUUAAGCCAAUGGUGGAAUUCGAAGAAGGAACGCUAUGGAUCAGCUGCUCGAGGUGCUGGUUUGAUGUACGAUGACAGCUACCAAUUUUUUUUUUGAUUUUUGCUUUCCCACGGCAUGGACGUGGAAAAUGGAGUAGGGGGAAGGUGGGGUGGGAAAGGUGACUGAUGAGUGAUGAGACAUGAGACUCGGCUGCCAUUCUUUGUUGCUGUGUUGUUGCUUUGCUAACUUUCCGUUCAUUUUUUAUUUCCAUUUUUGCUUCUGCUCUGCUAAAUUUUUUUUAAAAAUUUGCCCUGCUUAACUGCUAUUAAUAUGGUGAAGUUUGCUUGAGUCUUGAUUUUGCUAACAUUGUUUGAUUUUUAGGACCGUUCUCGUUCUCCGGUGAGGGACAGAGCAGCUCGAGAUGAUGCUAGCGGAGGUAGUGCUUCUGCAGGUGCCUCUGGGUCUAGUGGCAGAGAAGGUUACGGUAGACGUGAUUACAACAGUUCUGGCUCAUCAUCUUCUGGAUACAGAGGAAGAGACGGAUAUGGAAAUCGUGGUGGCAGAGGCGGCGGACGCGAUUUCAGUUCAAGAGGUGGCGCCAACACCACCGCCGCCAACGCUAACGCCAACGCCAACGCCACUGGCGCCAGUGGUGAUGGCUCGGGUGCUUUCCGUUCCAAAUCGGAUAGAAACUACGACAAUUCCAUUUUUAUCGGUAAUAUCCCAUUUGACACCCAGGCGAGAGAUAUCGAGGCUAUAUUUGGCAGCGAGUUCCAAAUAGUCAGAGCCGAUAUUGUCACGAGAGCCGGCAGGUCUCGAGGCAUGGCCACGGUUGAGUUCAAGACCAAAGAAGACGUCACCAACGCCAUCAGCAAGUAUGACCGUCACGAGUAUCACGGAAGGCAGAUUUUCGUGAGACAGGAUUACCCUCCGCCGGAAAAGAAGGAGUUUGGUGGUGGUGGUGGUGGUCGUGGUGGUGGAAGAGACCGUGGUUACGGCAGUGGUGGCUAUGGUAGUGGCGGUGGCUACGGUAGUGGUGGUUAUGGUGGCGGUGGCUACGGCGGUAGUGGUUACGGCAGUGGUGGGUAUGGCGGAGGAUACGGCGGUGGCUACGGAGGUAACUACGGCGGCGGGUAUGGAGGAGGAGCAGGAGGAAGAGGCGAGUAUAGACCGCCUCCACCGCCAUCCACACCAGGCACGGAAGUGUUUGUGGGCAACUUGCCAUUUUCCGUCAACUGGCAGUCCUUGAAAGACUUGAUGAGAAAAGCCGGCAAUGUGGUUAGAGCUGAUGUUAGAUUAGACGACUACGGAAGAUCCCGAGGCUUUGGAACUGUUGUCUUUGAAACACCAGCUGAAGCAGAUGCCGCGGUAGAGAUGUUCCAGGGCCACGAGCUCGAAGGCAGAAGAAUCGACACUCGACACGGACGCACUUUGCAUCAACCCGAGGGCGGUGCCUCUUCCUCGUCCAUGGGCGGCCAAAAGAACUCCGAAUUCACCGAGGGUGUCACUGGUGGCAACGAAGAAACCAGCGACACCGUUUACAUUGAAAACUUGCCAUUCACCACCCAAAACGACGACUUGUUUGAUCUUUUCGAGACUGUUGGCAGAGUCACUCAAGCGGAAAUCCAGUUCCAGGCCGACGGCAGACCCAGCGGCAAUGCCGUGGUUCAGUUCGAGUUGCCUGAGUUGAGUGACAAGUGCAUCAAGGAAUUGAACAAUUACAACUAUGGUGGCAGAAACUUGAAAAUCAGCCACGCUAGAAAGCCGUGA